AUGAAGCUGAUAACUACUAUCCUGCUGGUCGUGGCCGGAGCGGCUACCACCCCGAUCCUCGCUUCUUCGGUCCUGCCCAGACAAGACAUCAGGGGUAUCUACGCCUGUUCCAACCCCAACUUCAACCAGGAAUGUGAUGGCUGUACGUGCCAGGAGCUCAACGACCUCGCCACUUCCGGGGGCUACGGACCCCCGCCCUGCUUUCCUCUGCCCUAUAUGCUGCGCCCCGGCCCUCCCCAGGGCGUCUCGUCGGCGCGCGUACAGGAGGGCUACAACUGCACUCUUUACGACAAUGCCAAUUGCGACCCCUCCGUGCCUGGGAGCAGCCUGACCAUCCCGCCCGGACAGCCUGGCCUGACUGCCAUGGGCCCGUUCGACGACAGGAGUGUUGCGUACCAGUGCUAUCUGCUUCCCGCCAGUGCGAGCGCGAGCGCCUCCAGCGCCACGGCUGCUACUUCGGUGGCUUUCUUGUUCUAG